CGAGAUCACCAACGCUACACCGAAGUCUUCGUUUACAUCUCGGUCCGUUCGGUUGUGCUUUCGCUUUUCUUAGACUUUCUGGCCGCGAAACUCGACAAAAGCGUGCGUCCCGCACACCCGCCCUCCUUUCGUCCGUACGUGCUUGUAUUGUGUCCCCCUUUGUGUGUUUCGCUAAGUGAAGGUUGCGACAGUUGCGAAUAAAUCAUCGAAACCACGUGAUACUCUUUACGACCAAAUUACUCACUUUCUAUUUCAAAGUGUCUCGAUACUCGAUUGAAUUGAAUUUAACCCCGUGUGUCUCUGUUUCACUUCGCUAGCCUUCGUUGGCAACAAGGGGCCGUAGGCGUCGUAAAAAGCGUGGUACCGUGGAUAGCGGUGGUGAUACUAGCGGCUUAGAGUAGUAUUGGUGCAAAUAUUGUCGGCAACAGAGCCGAUAAAAUUCAGUGCGUGAUAAGUGUGUUCAGCGACGUCUCCGGUAGCCAUCAUCACUGCCGAUGUGUUAAAAGUGAAAGGAAGAGUGUGCAGAAAAAUAAUUCGACCACAAGUGAGGAAAGUUGCCGCUUCCUUUUGGUGCGCCGAUAUUCAUUGUCCGGGCCUUGUGUUGCGAAAACAAAACCCGACCCGAAUUGUACCGACCAUCGGUCGUAAUUUGUCGAGGGGUUUGCGCGAAAAACAAAAGAAUAAAACAGAAGCCAACUGAAGUGACCCGAUACGGAUAGUGGAAUACAAAUAAACGCCAGUCGAAAUCGAUGCUGCCCUGUGAGCAACAGUGAGCAAGAGCAAAUGUUCAUUCAAUGAGAGCAGUCCCUGCAGUCCAGCCGAACUGAAGCAGGAGUUAUCACCAUGAGGACCCUCGACCGACCUGCAGCAGUCGGGCUGCUAUGGUCGGCCUGCCUGUUGGCCUUGCACUUUACGAUACCAGCCACCGUCGGUGCCGCCGAAUCGAGCUUGAUGAGCCACGUCGAAAAGCAGCGCUACGAUGGAUGGUACAACAACCUGGCCCAUCCGGACUGGGGAGCUGUCGAUAAUCACCUCACGAGGAAAGCUCCAUCGGCAUACAGCGAUGGGGUAUAUGUGAUGGCCGGUUCUAAUCGCCCCUCGCCCCGUAAGCUCAGCAGAUUGUUCAUGCGUGGCACCGAUGGUUUACCAUCGAUGGAAAACCGUACCGCCCUGCUAGCUUUCUUCGGUCAGGUGGUGACGAACGAGAUCGUCAUGGCGUCCGAGUCGGGCUGUCCGAUCGAGAUGCACCGGAUCGAGAUCGAGAAGUGUGACGAAAUGUACGAUCGAGAGUGUCGUGGUGAUCGCUAUAUUCCGUUUCACCGUGCGGCUUACGAUCGCAACACGGGCCAGAGUCCGAACGCGCCCCGCGAACAGAUCAAUCAGAUGACGGCCUGGAUCGAUGGCAGCUUCAUCUACAGCACGUCGGAGGCAUGGCUGAAUGCGAUGCGUUCGUUCCAGGACGGUGCGCUUCUGACGGACAAGCAGGGUACGAUGCCGGUAAAGAACACGAUGCGUGUGCCACUGUUCAACAAUCCUGUACCGCAUGUGAUGCGAAUGCUCAGUCCGGAACGACUAUAUCUUCUGGGUGAUCCUAGAACCAACCAAAAUCCAGCCCUGCUCUCCUUUGCCAUUCUGUUCCUGCGUUGGCAUAAUGUGGUAGCGAAGCGCGUUCGUCGUCAGCAUCGAGAUUGGAGUGAUGAAGAAAUUUUCCAACGAGCACGACGUGUAGUGAUCGCUAGCUUGCAGAACAUCGUCGCAUACGAGUAUCUGCCAGCGUUCCUGGACAAGGAGAUACCACCGUACGAUGGCUACAAAGCGGACACUCAUCCCGGAGUGAGCCACAUGUUCCAGGCGGCCGCCUUCCGAUUUGGACACUCGCUAAUUCCACCAGGACUGUUCCGACGCGACGGUCAAUGCAACUUUCGUCGCACCAACAUGGACUUCCCAGCUUUGCGGCUUUGCUCUACCUGGUGGAAUUCGAAUGAUGUACUCGAUAACACGCCGGUGGAAGAGUUUAUUAUGGGUAUGGCGUCACAGAUAGCCGAAAAGGAGGACCCACUGCUGUGUUCGGACGUGCGCGAUAAGCUGUUUGGACCGAUGGAGUUCACCAGGCGGGAUCUGGGUGCUUUGAAUAUUAUGCGCGGUCGUGACAACGGACUUCCCGAUUACAACACGGCACGUGCGGCUUACCGUUUGCCCAAGAAGAAGAGUUGGCGCGACAUCAACCCGGCAGUGUUCGAACGGCAGCCUGAACUUUUGGAUCUGCUAAUUAAAACGUACGACAACCAACUGGACAACGUGGACGUUUACGUUGGCGGAAUGCUGGAGUCCGAUGGAAGGCCGGGCGAACUGUUUUCAGCUGUCAUUAUUGAUCAGUUUACCAGAAUUCGUGACGCUGAUCGGUUCUGGUUCGAAAACGAGGACAAUGGCAUAUUCACCAAGGAAGAAAUAGCCGAAAUACGCAAGUUUACACUGUGGGACAUUAUCGUGAACAGUACCGACAUCGAGGCGGAUGAGAUUCAACGAGAUGUUUUCCACUGGAAGCAAGGUGAUCCCUGCCCGCAGCCGGAACAGCUGAACGCUACAUUGCUCGAACCGUGCAACUAUCUCGAGGGGUACGAUUACUUCUCCGGUUCCGAGCUGGCCUAUAUCUAUUCGUGUGUGUUUCUCGGUUUUGUGCCAAUUCUUUGUGCCGGAGCCGGAUACUGCGUGAUCAAGCUACAGAACAGCCGACGUCGUAAAUUGAAAAUCAAACAAGAAGCCAUGAAAAACACUGCCAACACUAAAGUGUCGGUGGAGAAAAUGGUUGCUCGGGAGUGGUUGCAUGCGAAUCACAAACGAUUGGUGACGGUAAAAUUCGGACCAGAAGCGUCGAUCUAUACGGUGGAUCGCAAGGGAGAGAAGCUGCGGACCUUCAACCUGAAACACGUCGAUGUGGUGACGGUGGAGCAAUCACAGGAGAACUACACGGCCAAGAAGCCAUACAUUCUGCUGCGUGUGCCUAAUGAUCACGAUCUAGUGCUGGAAUUAGAGUCCAACUCGGCCCGCAGGAAGUUCGUCAAAAAGCUGGAAGAUUUCCUUGUACUUCACAAAAAGACAAUGACAUUCGUGGAAUCGAAUCGUGAUUUGAUGCUGGCCAAGGCAGAAACACGCGAGCGCCGUCAAAAGCGACUGGAGCACUUCUUCCGUGAGGCAUACGCGUUGACUUUCGGUUUGCGUCCUGGUGAACGUCGCCGGCGCUCAGACGCAUCGUUGGAUGGUGAGGUUAUGACGGUGAUGCGAACCAGUUUGUCGAAGUCAGAGUUUGCAGCGGCCCUCGGUAUGAAACAGGACGAUAUGUUCGUUCGGAAGAUGUUUAAUAUCGUCGACAAGGACAAGGACGGAAGAAUAUCAUUCCAGGAAUUCUUGGAAACGGUGGUAUUGUUUUCACGUGGCAAAACCGAUGACAAACUAAGGAUCAUUUUCGACAUGUGCGACAACGAUCGAAAUGGAGUGAUCGAUAAAGGAGAACUGAGCGAGAUGAUGCGAUCGUUGGUGGAAAUCGCCCGCACAACGAGCGUUACCGAUGAGCAAGUAAACGAACUGAUCGAUGGCAUGUUCCAGGAUGUUGGUCUCGAGCACAAGAACCAUCUCACCUACGAGGACUUCAAGCUCAUGAUGAAGGAGUACAAGGGCGACUUUGUAGCGAUUGGGUUGGAUUGCAAAGGUGCUAAGCAGAAUUUCCUCGAUACGUCCACCAAUGUGGCACGCAUGACGUCUUUCCAUAUUGAACCAAUUUCGGACUCGCGUCGUCACUGGAUGCAAGAAAAGUGGGACUGUUACACGACCUUCCUGGAGGAGAAUCGUCAGAACAUCUUCUAUCUGUUCCUGUUCUACGUUAUCACCAUCGUGCUGUUUGUGGAGCGCUUUAUUCAUUACUCGUUUAUGGCAGAGCACACCGAUCUACGACACAUCAUGGGUGUCGGUAUUGCUAUAACUCGUGGUUCGGCCGCUUCAUUAUCAUUCUGUUACUCUCUUCUGUUGCUUACCAUGUCCAGAAAUCUUCUCACCAAGCUGAAAGAGUUUCCAAUCCAGCAGUACAUCCCGCUUGAUUCACACAUUCAAUUCCACAAGAUCGCUGCCUGCACUGCGUUGUUCUUUUCGCUGCUGCACACUGUCGGACAUAUCGUGAACUUUUAUCACGUUUCUACCCAAUCGAUCGAAAACCUAAAGUGUCUCACGAAAGAAGUACACUUCACGUCCGACUAUCGGCCCGAUAUAACGUACUGGCUGUUUCAAACCAUCACCGGCGUGACCGGCGUAAUGCUGUUCGUCACAAUGUGCAUUAUUUUUGCAUUCGCUCAUCCAACCAUUCGCAAGAAGGCAUACAAGUUCUUCUGGAACGCACAUUCCCUGUACGUGGUGCUGUACGCAUUAUGUCUCGUGCACGGGCUUGCACGUUUGACCGGUGCCCCCCGGUUCUGGUUGUUCUUUAUUGGACCCGGUAUCGUGUACACACUGGAUAAGAUCGUCUCACUACGCACCAAGUACAUGGCGUUGGAUGUCAUUGAAACGGAUCUAUUGCCCUCGGACGUAAUCAAGAUCAAGUUCUACCGUCCGCCGAAUCUAAAGUAUCUUUCCGGUCAGUGGGUAAGACUGUCGUGCACGGAAAUAAAGCCCGAAGAGAUGCACAGCUUUACGCUGACCUCGGCACCACACGAGAAUUUCCUGAGCUGUCACAUUAAAGCGCAGGGACCGUGGACAUGGAAGUUGCGCAACUACUUCGACCCAUGCAAUUACAACCCGGACGAUCAGCCGAAGAUACGCAUCGAGGGACCGUUCGGUGGGGGCAAUCAGGAUUGGUACAAGUUUGAGGUUGCUGUUAUGGUCGGUGGCGGUAUCGGUGUGACACCGUACGCUUCCAUUCUGAACGAUCUGGUGUUUGGUACAAGCACCAACCGGUACUCUGGAGUGGCGUGUAAGAAGGUAUACUUCCUUUGGAUCUGCCCGUCGCACAAGCAUUUCGAGUGGUUUAUCGACGUACUGCGGGAUGUGGAGAAGAAGGAUGUUACGAAUGUGCUAGAGAUUCAUAUUUUCAUCACACAAUUCUUCCAUAAAUUUGAUCUUCGAACAACCAUGCUGUACAUUUGUGAAAAUCACUUCCAACGACUCUCCAAGACGUCUAUGUUCACCGGGCUAAAAGCAGUGAAUCAUUUUGGCCGUCCCGAUAUGUCCAGUUUCCUGAAAUUCGUCCAAAAGAAGCAUUCUUAUGUAUCCAAAAUUGGAGUCUUCUCUUGUGGACCACGACCGCUCACCAAGAGUGUCAUGUCGGCAUGUGAUGAAGUGAACAAGAGCCGCAAAUGGCCGUACUUUAUUCAUCAUUUCGAAAACUUUGGCUAAUCGAACAACAAACAAGAAAAGGCUGUUCACACAUUCAUCGUCCUUUCUCAUUCCAUACUAAUAAGCUAUCGUUUAAUCGCAACGCACCAGUCUGGGAGGAUUGGUUGAUUUGUUCUAAUUUCGAAAGCGAAAGCGUGUCUCGUCGAUUAUUUUUUAUAACCUAGUUUUCAAUGUUUGUAUGCGUUUCUGAUUGUAUGUGUAGCUUUUCGGUAGGGAGCGGCAACGGCAUCAAACCAGCAGUUUCAGUAUUUGCGUUAGUCUCAUUUGAUAUUCCAGCGUCAUUAUCAAAUGUGUCCGUUUCGUUCGUUUUAACGUUAGGUAUAGAAUAUCCAGAUCUUCGUUUGCGUAACGUUGUAUUUCCCCUCCAAACACUGCCUAAAAGGCUUAUUUAUUCUCCUUUCAGAAGGAAGAAAUCCUUAAAAAGCAAAACUAAAUCCUAUUCCUACCAAGUUCAUGAUAGCAGAAACGCUACCCAGUUCACGAUAGUAAACGUUUAUCGUUUUGCUUUGUUCGCUCGCAGAACAGUUAGUUUUAAAGUCUCUUGCAAGCAUAUAUCGCUAAAAGAUCAAUAGAAGCAAUAUUCACACGGAUGCCUACCAUUUCAUGAUGCGUGAUAUUACAUAUACAACUAAUCGCACCCAUAUGCUAGCGUAAGAAAACUGAGCUAGCAUUCGUUGAUUUGCAGAAGACGCCGUUAGGAGCAGUUUGCGAUUAAUGCAAGCAAUCUUACUUACACUGGUCAAAGUUUAUCCACAUCAACUGCCAGAAAAUGUACCUUUUUGUGUUUUUGUACAGCUUGUCUUGUUCAUUGUAAAUGAAAGUUCGUUUUUUUGUAUUAUGUCUUUAUUCACAUCGGUAUGUUUGUUGCUCUUGCUCAAGCCUUUUUUACGCUGACAUGUAUCGAGUAAGUCUUUGCUCACCGUGGCGAAUAAGUUAGCAAUCAAUGUAAAUAUGCAUUAAAUUCGUUGCUGUAUUUAUUAUACCGUGUAUACAUUAAAUAAAUAUAAGCAUUACAACAACAA